GAGAGCAAGCUAGCGAGAGAGUUGCGGGAGGAGGUGGAGGCGAAUCAGAAAAGCAGAGUGGCGCUGGCAGCUGAACAACAAGCUCUUCUUCUGGAGCAGCGGGCCAGCGAGGCCCGUCAGCGAGCUGUCGAACACCAGCCACGCGCUGAAGAAGAUGAACCCCAGGAGAGCAAGCUACUCUUAGAGAGGGAGCUGCGCGAGGAGGUGGAAGCACAGCAGAAGAGCAGAGCGGCGCUGGUGGCUGAACACCAAGCUCUUCUGCAGGAGCAGCGGGCAAUUUCCGCGAUUUCCGAGCAGGGGGUCGCAGCCCUGGCAAUACAGGAAGCCGAGGCCAGCGAGGCCCGACAGCAAGCUGCUGAACACCAACAGCGUGCCAAAGAGGCUGAGCUCCAGGAGAGCAAGCUAGCGAGGGAGCUGCGGGACGAGGUGGAGGCCCAGGCAAGUCACAGAAGCAGAGCGGCGCUGGCAGCUGAACAUCGAGCUCUCCUGCAGGAGCAGCGGGCCAGUGAGGCCCGUCAGCGAGCUGGUGAACAUCAGCCACGCGCUGAAGAAGCUGAGCUCCAGGAGGGGACGUUGGAGAGGGAGCUUCGGGACGAGGUUGAAGAAUCGCAGAACAGCAAAGCGGCGCUGGUUGCUGAAUGCCAAGCUCUUCGGGAGGAGCAGCAGGCAACGUCCCAGAUUUCCAUGGAGCACAGCGCUGCAGCCCUGGCAAUACGAGAAGCAGAGGCAGAGCAACAGCAACGCAUCUGUGACAUGUUGCAGUCAGAAGUGGCGAAGAUGGAGGAGUUGUCGUCUACACCUUCGAGUCAAGUCAGAUCAGAACAAACCGAGGCAGAGGAAAUUAUUGGGCACACGGCGCCGGGUGCUCCUCAGCCUGCGGCAUCAGGCACCGACAUGAAAGACGAGCGGAUGCGGGAUGUGCUAAACACUCUGUCGCACAUGACCCGCAAACUGACCCAGAGGCUGCACUUGGCCGAGCAGGAACUGAAGGAUGAGAUGCGAAGCGCCUUGAAAGCUCAAAGGGAGGUCCAGGACCAGCGCAUGCAGCAAACAGCUGCUUUGGCUGACAAGGAGGCGGAGGCCGAGCAUUCAGCGGUGGCUGCAGCCGUGGGUCAGGCAGAAGCAGAGUUUGAGGAAAGCGUGCAGCAACUGCGGACCGAAGUGUCACUGGAGAAGAGCCAACAUGCUGCCAAUGUUUCACGCCUGAAGCAGCAACUCAUAGAAGCAGGUAUCGAGGCCCAAAUCAGAGAGGAGGACGUUGCUCGGAUGGUCCACUUCGAGCUUCAACAGUCACGCCAAGAAUGUGACAGCUUACGCAGAGACGCAUCGGCAACCAUGACUGCCGAGCUGGUGGCGAUAAAGGAAGAGGCAGCGGCUGUGGCACGUUCACAUGCUCAGCUUCUGAGUGCGAAGAAUGAACUGCAGGAUGAACUAUUGGUUCUCCAGCAGCAAUCCGUCGUGGAUCUCGCAGCAACGCAGAGGUCGGAGCGUGCUGCGGCAGCUUUAAGAAGCCUGGUGGCCGACAUCCGCCGUGCGGAAGAGGGCGCAGCAGCCAGGGAAGCGGCUGUCAUUGAAGAGCUGACUGCGACCAGGGGGAGGUUCGAAAUUCAGACCACAGAGCUGGAGGCAGCCAAAUCAGACGAGCUGCACAGCGAGGAGCUGCUCCAUGCCGCACACGAGGUUCAGUGUAUGCUGCACAACGAGUGUGGAGCUUUGACGGCGCAUGUGGAGCGGGCUGCUACGGCUGAGUCGGUGGCUCAGGCAAGAGCUGCCGAGCUUGACGAACAGCGCCAAGUCCUGCGACAGGAGUGCCAACGCCUCCGCAGUGACAAUGUACUUCUUCGGCGGCAGCUGCAUGGCGGAUCACCCGCGCUCCAAGACAUCAAGAUUGUUGCAGCUGCACGAGGUCGCCCUUGA